UUCUACUCUAGAUUCGAUUCUAAGCAAGAUAUCGUUAGUUCCAGUCAAGUGAAAUCUUCCGUACAACGUGGAAUCCGUGCCAAAGUUUUACAGCAGUUUCCUGAUUUACAAGAUUACAUCGAUGAUAUUCUACCCAAGAAAGCAGCGCUCAUAUUAGUCAAAUGCCAUGAUCAUAUUGAAAUUGUAUCCAUUAAUACCAAGCUGUUGUUCUUUCGACAACGUGAUGGCCCUUUCUUUCCAACGUUAAGACUUUUACAUCAAUAUCCCUUCAUCCUCCCCCAGCAGCAAGUUGAUCGAGGGGCUAUUAGGUUUAUCCUUAGUGGUGCAAAUAUCAUGUGCCCUGGAUUAACUUCCCCUGGUGGAAAGAUGGUUCCAACGGAGGAAGAAACAAUAGUUGCCGUCAUGGCUGAAGGUAAACAACAUGCAAUCAGUAUAGGGAAGAUGAAGCUAUCGUCUGAAAAUAUAGCUAAGAUUAACAAAGGUAUCGCGAUAGAAAAUAUCCACUUUUUAGGCGAUGGCUUAUGGUACGUUAGUGAACUGGAAAAGUAA